ACACACACACACAAACACACACAUAUGCCCCUCCACCACCACCACCAACAACAACAAGAAGAACACCACCCAAAAACCGCCACUACAUCCAGCACCUAUUAACUCUUCAGCCACUCUGUUAUCUCACUUCCACUUUUAAUUCCUAUCUUCACAGUGACUAUCUCCAACGUCACACAACCCUCUCCCACCACCACCACCACCAUCAACUAAUAAACCGACCAUCAUCACCGCUUCCGCCACCGCCACUUUCAACACCACUACCAUCUCCGCCUGUGCUUUUGUAAAUUAUAUUAGCUGGAUACUUUCACAGACUUUGUUUGCUUUCGCUCAUUCAUUCAAUAUACGCUUUUUCUGUUUAAAAAAAAAAAAAGAAAGAAAAGAAAAUUUACGUAUCUAUCAUUCACGUACCUCUUCAUCUAUCUAUCUAUCUAUAUCUAUCUAUCUAUCUAUAUCUAUCUAUCUAUCUAUAUCUAUCUGUCUGUCUGACGGUCUGUCUCUGUCUGUCUGACGGUUUGUCUGACGGUCUCUCUCUCUCUCUCUCUCUCUCUCUCUCUCUCUCUCUCUCUCUCUCUCUUUCUGUCUUCCCCGUUUUCUUAUAGUUAUACUUACUCCAAAACGGCUAUCCCAUGACGACUCGCGCCACUACAAACACUCAAGAUGUCUCUUCAAAUUUUUAAACAGUACAGUUAUCAUCACCAUUAUUGUCAUCAUCGCAACAACAACUUUUGACCUGGUAAAAAAAAACCCCCCAAAAAAACAAGAAAAAAAAAACAACUCACCCACAUACACAGUCAUCGCCAUCACUUUUCGCAUCAUUUAAAAAGACAAAAACAAACUACUAAAAGUCAUAUGUAAUAACAACGGUUGGAGUUUACAGUUACGAUUAACAACAGCAGUAGAAAUCGUCAUUACCAUCAUUAUUGUAACAAUAACAACAACACUGUGAAUCGGUGCCAAGUGUUUCGGUCGAUUGCGUAUAACAGGACUUACUCAGAGCUAAUCUAGCGUUGCACAACAACCACAGCUACAAUAACAGUAAGAACAAGUACUACAUCGAAUCAACUAGGGAGCUGCUACGUAGUUUGUUCGCCCGAUCUGCUAGAAAUAGCAGGUACAUUUUCUGUAAAUUUUCUCAGUUUGGGAUGACCUGAGUCUUAAAAAGAAAAAAAAACCCCGAGAAACAGGCCAUCACCACAACUACCAACAAGAAAUCAGCGUCAUUUGGACUUAAAGAGACAGCAAAAGUAGCAUAAAACAUUUUUUAUCGAUACUGUACUCAUUCCAUUACUUUUAAGUAAGAACGUCGGUGGCCACAACACUGAUUAAUUAAAAAAAAUAUCAGAGAUGUUUUUCCUUUCUCUGGCAGGAAUAUAAUCGAUAUUCGAUAAUUACAUCGAUGAUCUGAACUCCCACUUCUCUAAGUUAAAAUAUUUGAUUAGUAUUUAUUUUAUCAAUAAACCCGUUCCUCUCUGGACGAUUUAAUUGAUGAACAAAGAACAUAAAGAGGAACGUAACUAUACACUCCAAAAGAACAUUUGAACCAGCAUUCACCCGAUUCUGCCAAACCAUCACCCUUGUCACCACGAAUAACAGAAUCGAUAAUCAAUAUUUUAAAUAUUUAUUUCCAAGACAAGUGAACCGAAAAUUUUAGGGAAACGGUAUUUGAUGGUAACUUUAUCAUUCUCAUACAAAAAUGGAAAGCUAAAAAAAAAACAAUAAAAAGUUUAAUACGGUGGGAUUUUGAAUGCUGAACGUGUAAAGGGGUUAACUAUGACUGUACAGUGAUUUUGUCCAACGCUGGAAGAACACUGCAACUCGCUUGACAGAGCAAAAUGCUUUAAAUUUAAGAAUUUGGUGUACAACAAACACAAUACUUUCAUCGCAACUUUAUAUUAACAACUUCGGAGGAAGGAAAGACAAAGUCGAUCACAACGGAAUUUAAACUCAAAAACAUAAAGGUACGCUAUUAAAUACUAUAAGGCCUCAAACUUGGGAGGAAAAGCAGUUACAUAGACAGUAACACCAAACUCAAAUCUUUGAUAACUUAUUUUAUCCAGCGCACAAGAAUGAAAGGUAAAGUUAAACUCGGCUGGAUUUGAACUUAGAACGGAGAGAGGACUGUAAACUAACUAGGUACCGCAAGGCCUUUGGUCCAUCACUGUUACUCUGGACUCUGCUGUUAAUCUUAAUCAUAAAAUAUCAGCAACUACCGAAACAACAUUAACAAUAACAAAAGGAAAACAGUAAGAAGAAAUAAAUUAAGAAGCUAUAAAAAAAACAUCACCGUUAUCAACAAAUAUUUCCAACUGGCUUCAUCACUGCCACCACCGCCACCUAUCGGUUCUUCACGACUGCUGUGGUCAUCUCAUGGGAUGCAGAAAAAAAGCGUUACCACCAUGGAGGAAAUACUGCAACCUCACAGUCACAGCAGUAAGGAAGUUAACUUAAUUGUGCUGGGGUCUCCAGGUGUCGGCAAAUCAGCAAUUUUGGUGCGAUAUCUUACGAAGCGAUUCAUUGGGGACUACCAUCCUUUGCUUGAGACCGUCUCCAGUCACAGCACAGUUGUGGACGACAAAACUGUUUUGGUUCAUAUCAGAGACACAGCUUGGAAGGCUAUUGACAGUCAACAGCGAGAGAACCACUUAUCGUGGGCUGAUGGGAUUAUGAUUGUUUACUCAAUCAUGGAUCGAGAAAGCUUCGAAUCAUGUAAGAAACUCGUGGACAAGGUAUUACAACUGUGUGACGAAGCAACACCAAUUUCCGUCAUAGGCAACAAAGCCGAUAUGUUACAUAUGAGACAAGUACAAUUCGAAGAAGGUUUAGCUUUUUGCCGUAAUAGGAAUCUUCUGUUUUCUGAAGUAUCUGCUGGGGAUAGUUACGACAGUGUAGAAAAGGCUGUGAGGACUUUGAUUCAAGAGGUUCGACAUUGUCGAAAGAAAAAGGAAAAAUCAAAGAAUUCAGAAGGUGGUUUAAAAUUAGAUAUACGACAAUCUCUGAAAAAUUUCACCGAGAAACGUCUUCAAAUUCGCCAUCGAACAUCGACCUUGUAAUGCAGACAGUUACGAUGCGGAAUGUAAAAGCUGCCGUUUGCUUUGCAGAAACUUACGUCAUGAUAAAUCCUAACUGGCUUCAUUUUUGCACGUUUGUUACUUGAGACGGCGCAUUUUUUAAAAUAUUUUAUCUUAAUGU